AUGAGGUACUUGACGUUCUCAUAUAUGCGCGGUUUUUUGGCUGCAGAAACGCAGUCCAACCAAGAUCUCCAACACAAAGCUGGCUUACACCCCAUCCCCAGCUCCUUGAAGCAAGCAGUUCAGAAACAACUGGUUUGCACUACCCAAAUAUUCCUUCUUCAUUCAGUGCAUGCAGAUUUUGCCCUAACAAUCCUUCCCCAUAUAUUAAUGGCUUCUCUCUUCUUCAACCUUCAGCAUGUCUUCCACCACUUGUUCCAUAACUUCCCUACCUUCAUGCAUCACCUAGUGUACAAUUUUAUGGCACAUUCCAAUAGCAGCGUUACUGGCAGUGGCAGUGGCAGCCGCAGCGGCGGCAGCCCUCCCGAGGCUCCCUCUGCCCGGGUGUCGGGCCGGCACCCGGUCUACCGGGGCGUAAGGCGGAGGAAGAGCAGCGGGAAAUGGGUGUCGGAGAUUCGGGAGCCGAGGUCGCCCAACCGGAUUUGGCUGGGAACUUUUCCGACCCCGGAAAUGGCGGCGGUGGCCUAUGAUGUGGCUGCACUGGCUCUUAGGGGCCAAGACGCCGAGCUGAACUUCCCCAACUCGGCUUCUUCCUUGCCGGUUCCGGCCUCGAACUCGCCACGCGACAUUCAGGAGGCGGCCGCCAGUGCGGCCGCGGCUGCCGGGGCAGCGAGUGAUGCUCUAUUUUGGUCCUAUAAUCCGCUGCAUGUUGAGAAUAAUCCUACAACACAAGAAUUGAGUAAUCUACCGGCAAGUGAAGAGUUCGUUGACGAGGAUUUGCUGUUUGAUAUGCCCAAUGUUCUUGUGAAUAUGGCAGAAGGGAUGCUUCUUAGCCCGCCCCGCCUUGAUGUUGCCGGUGAUGACAUCGCACCUGAAAAUACAGCCGACCAAAACCUCUGGAAAUUCCCAUAAAAAUCCACCAAUUCAAUUAUAUCCACUCAACAACAUUAUCUUCACUAGUUUCAACCAACCCAAUAAUCCAUCCA